AUGGCCUCUGUGUGCAAUGUUAUGAGUCCAACGGUUACCACAAAUCUCAUUACCAUAUUCAAAAAAGAUCCACGGCUCAAAUCCAAUCUGCCUUCUCUACAACAUUCUGGGCUUAUUGCAAUCAAGAAUGAUCCAAGAAAAGUUAUGAAUAAUUUUGCUUCAAGGAGAAAUAUUGUGGUUUCGUGUUCAGAUCGACCUAAUUGCACGCCGAAUCAAUUCUCUGGAUAUGAUGCUGUUAUGAAAUUUUAUUCGUCUAUUAACGAGAGGAAUAAAGAUCGACUCCGUAGUUGCAUCUCCAACGAUUGCUUUAUAGAUGAUUUCUCGUUCUCUAAACCUUUUCAUGGAAGAAACGAAGCUAUGAAGUUCUUUGAAGAUUUGGUGAAGAGUAUGGGACAAAACGUUAAGUUUUGUGUUGAAAAUGUUUGCGAAGGAGAUGGAUAUAGUGCUGCUGUUAAUUGGCAUCUUGAAUGGAAAGGACGCAAAAUUCCCUUUGCCAGAGGAUGUAGCUUCUAUGAAUUUACAGAACAAGGAGGAAAACUGGUUAUAAGAAACGCGAGGAUUUUGACUGAAUCCCCAAUUAAGCCGGGUGGAAUCGCAUUGAACCUGUUAAAGAACAUAACCUUCUUGUUCGACGAAUUCCCCCAAGUCGCUGACUGGUUUUUGGAGAAACCUUAUGCUAUAAUCCAAUUAACAUUAAGAAUAUAUGGUUUGUUUUUGGCGCCACUCAUAGGCCAUAUAAUGGCAAGCUACCUGAUGCUAUUAAACAAUACGACCGAGUUCUUUUUAUUAGUGUUAAAAAUUAUUAUCAAGAUUCGAAGUUUCUUCUCCAAAUAA